AAUUAGAUCUUUAUUAAGGCUGCCUUCACAGUGCACUGGAGCGCAGGCUUAAUAAUGUACAGUUGUCGUUUGAUCUAGUAGUUCCUAAGCAGGCUUGGAAGCUUACUUCACUUAAGUAGGCCUAACUUCAGAAUGUACAUUUAGUCUAUUCAACUCUAACUGUGAAUUAUAAUGAUUCGACGAAAUCACGACUCCUUUUAUGGGCCACCGAAGGGGGUCGAUUCAUCCGAUCGGUAUGCCCCUGAAAGAACAGCUACAAGCUCUGCUUAUACUCAUCCCACAAGACACCCAACCUUUAACCCGUCGUCGUUUAACUCCCAGAACAAUAACAGCCCUGAAAGGGGUGAGCUUUACAACCCAUAUGAACCUGGCUCUUCAGAAUCUGAAUCGGAGGGUAAUGAGGAACAUCGACAUGUCAGUAAGCGAGGUCGUUAUAGACAUGGCUAUGAAGGAACUCCGUUAAGCAGAGGACGUCAUGAAAACUUUCUUUGGGACUCCACAUACUCGAGGACUGGUUCCAGACCAGACCAGUCAAGCCAUGGCCCCUCAACCCAGCCAAGGGCCACGCCAGGGGCCCCACUGUUCCCCCAGAAUGUUUAUGGAGGACGAGGAGUGAACGGGGUAGAAACCUCCUCUGCCGUCAUCCCUGACAUUGAGAGAGCCACUGAUCCUCUACCCAGAUUAGAGGUUGACUAUCAGCAUCAAUCAGGAUUUGGCGCUACAGGUGGGGACCAGAGCAACACUCCUUUAAAAGUCUCAAGGAAGAGGAGCAGAGGCCCCACUGAGGAGAUUGAGAGCAGUCCCUUUUCCUGUGAUCUGUGUGAGGUGGAGCUGUCUGAAGCUAAAUCCCUUGAGGAGCAUUUAGAGUGCAGGAGUCACUGGGAGACCCUUGAGCAUAUCCAAUUGCAGAACAAGUAUGAUGACAUGGCCAUUGCGUUUUUACAGGAAUCCAUGCUGCACAAAGUCCGGAAAGGUGAUCAAGUGAUGGAUGCUGGCACUUUGGAUGCAUUAUGUAAGAAAGACCACAUAAGAAAAGUGGAGAUGCUCCACUGUGGACCGUGUAAAGUUUACAUAUCCAUGUCUGUGUCCUCUGUACAAAAUCACAUCAACUCUCAGGAACAUUUGAGGAACAAAACGGUGUUUAAAGUGAAGCAGAAAGAGGAUUGCCUCACUAGGGCUAAAACCAUGAUGAAAAAACUGACACAUCAGUAUGCUAAAUUCCUUGAGGGUAAAGAUCCGUUUGAAUAGUGGGAGUGAACCAGAUCCAUAUGAGGAAACGAACAUGAACCCUCUAACAGCUGAUUAUCAAAAAGAUUCUGGAAACGGACAAAAUGGACAACAUUUCUGAUGUCAAUGUGAUGUGCAGUUUUCUGUGCUUUGUGAGGGUUACAUUUGAAAUUGUUAGCUCAAGUACCUUGUCAUAUUGACUAUUGUCUUGAAUAACAAAUGUUGUUACUUUUAUGCCUUUAUAAUAUAAGUUUAAGGGUUAACACAUGAAACAGUAAAUCAAUGAGCCAUAAGCUUUGUUUUAUCAUUCAGAACGUCACAAAAUGUUUUCAGCAUCAUAUUUGUAUGAUAUACAUUUAAACAUAAAUUAUUUAACACAUAACAUAAUUUUUGAACAGUCAAAAACAUUAAAUAUAGAUGACAGUUCUUGAUGAAGGGCCACAGUCAUCAAUGUUAUGACUGCAUAGUGAGCAAAAGUUGACUGAACACAAACUGUAUAGUUGAAAUAAUGCAGAUAACGGUUAUUGCAACAAACUAUUUCCAUCGUAACCUGGCAUAUAUCUGUUGCUCUUUUUGUUCUCGUCAUAACCUUCCAGCUUGGCUGUAUACAGUAUUGUCAACUUUCAGGUAGAUUAGUCUUUUUUUUGUAGGGAUCCCCUAUCCAAGAAACCACAAAUCGUCAUGGUUCGAACACAUUUCAAAAUACAAACAAGAUUGUAUUAGUCACAUUUAGUUUCUAUGUAUAGUAAAAAUUUGAAUAUUUAAACAAGGGAAUGAAUGCUCCCAGGCUAGACCAGAUGAACAAAGACUCAUGAGAAAUUUGAGGUAAAAGUUGUCCUUGUCUAAAAAUGGAUUUUACACUACGUUACUGCAUUAACACUUUAAAAUGGUCUGCCUACUUCAAAUCAUAUUCAAAAGAUGAAAGUGUGUAACAAUUUCCCAAAAUUUUAAAUGCAUUUGUAAAAGGAUGGGUAUAUCACAUUUUAACGACCUGAUGUUGAAUCCUUACUGUGUGCUUUUUUGAAACACAUUUGGUGGAAAGACAAUUCUUUAUUUAAAAGUCAAUGUAAAUUAUACUUAACAUUGUUGACAAUGUACUGUACAUUUCAUGUCUGAUUUGACCUCAAGAGUGUUAUAGCUAAUAAAGAGAAUGAAAAUGUG